ACCAAAGACACUCGUGUGAAAAGUUUUCAUGGCGACGGUGUGCUUUUCGGUUGUUAACGGGGACACGAAAGUGAAGUGUUUGGGUGGUUGAGAGAGAGAAAGAGAGAGAGAGAGAGAACCCCGUGAGUUUUUCACCGUUGCGUGCCGUUGUUGUUGUUGUGCUGUUGUUGUUGUUGUUGGUGUUUUCUCGUGCCUGGUUAAACGGCGGGAGGGAGGGAGGGAGAGCGAGAGAGGUAGGUAGGUAGGUAGGCAGUGAAUAUUCGGUGCAUCGUGAAACUGCCUUGUGCGUAUAAAACACAUCGGUUUCGGGAUCGCACUCUCUCAGACCGAGAGAGGGAGGUUCUUCGUCGUUCGUUCGGGUUGAAUAGAAAUUAUAAAUCAUCAGGAACGACGAGGGACCCGGUUGUGACUACCGAUGACCAGUUGACAGGAUAACAAAAUAUAUUCUAUCUCUCUUCGUGAGAUGAUGUUUCGACGAGGAGGAGGCGGCGGCGAGGUUGAAGGCGGCGGAGAUCUACUCGUACUCGAAAAUCAUCAUCAUCAUCAUCAUCAGCAGCAGGAGCAGCAGCACCAGCAGCAGCAGCAGCAGCAGCCGAUCCUCAGAGGAACAUAGAGUAUAUACAAUACGAUACAACGCAACGCACAAGCACACCCGUCACAUACAUCCAGAUCCGUAUACCUGUAAUCACCACCGUGUGCCUGCAUCUCUCGAUAAUAAACAGGUCUGGACUAGCCAUGUCCACUAAGAGGCGACGAGGAUUAAAAUUCAGUAUAGGAAGAGAAACAGCCCGCGAUAGUCGCAAGAGAUAGGAUGAGUGGGCCGCGACAUAGCGAAGCUCACUGCUUCAAUGAGAACUCUCCAAGGCCACCGGUGCCUGGAGAGGAGACUGGCAGCCGUGUCAGCAGACUCCGUCAACAGAGUCAAGCCCUAACACCGAGGCGUUCUUCGCUCGCUUAUACUACUGCUUCUGUUUCUUGCGAUGGUUCGGCCCCGCUGGGAUUUGAACCAGAGGGAAGCUGCGGCGGCACUUGUAUGGAAAGCGUUUCGCCACCAGCCUGCCUCAGGUGGGCGAGGAACUUGCACUCGCUUCUACAAGAUCCGGAGGGUAUAGCAUUGUUCAGAAAGUAUCUGGACCAGGAAGGCAGACCCCAUGCGGAACCAUUAAAUUUUUGGUAUGCCUGCGAAGGGUUGAAGAAUCAUCAUGAUCCGAACACGAUACAUCAGCUGGUCAAACUUAUUUAUAGAAGAUUCUUUCUCAACUUGCAGCUACUGGUGCCGGAAGAUGUUAGAAAAGAAGCUAACCGCCGCGUCAAAGAAGGUCGAGUCGACGGAAAGGUGUUCGACAAUGUUCAGAUGGAAGUCGAACACCUUAUCAACGAAACCACUUACCCAAACUUCCUCAAAUCCGAAAUGUACUUACAGUACGUUCAAUCCUAUCAAAACCCGGAUUCUGGUAGUUGUACCAGUUCCGGGUCGAGUCGGGAAAUGUCUGUAUCCUGCGGGCCAACCUUGCUACCGACUCUCCACGAAGACAGCGAAUUCAUUAGUUCGGCUCACACUUCGCAUUCGGCUAGUGAAACACCUGGGGAAUUGAGGGCUGGCGAAUUAAGACUGACCAGGGAUGUUCUCAUGGCGACUCAACAAACAAGAGCGAUGGAACUGCGGCCUAAGCCAGAGGCCUAUGCUGGCAUUUACUUCCAAGCUGGCGCUAGUCCCUACCACGUGCCAGCCAACAGGUUACACGCUCAAUAUUCGUCCUACAACCCAGUUUCAAGGCAGGAUUCUGAACUGCAGAGUUUGAGCAGUGACGCCCGGACAGAAUCCGAUAAUAUGUCGCUCACCGACUCGUCUGUCGAUGGUAUGUCGAUAGGAAGGCCACGCAGUAGUAAAAAGCAAUACAUGCGACAAUGCAGAGCAAUGAAAGAGUCGGCGAAUCUGAACCGUGAUCCGAUGGUACACUGCACGGUUAUCCCUAGAACGCAACGAGUGCCUCGCGACCAAACACGUUCUUUAAAGCCGGAAAUUUUUGCCCAAGUCUUGAUAGAGAAAUUAGAAAAUGUAAAAAGAGCGCGCGAGACGCAGGAGAAAUUAGACAGGCAUUUGCAAGAUGGGGAAAUAAUUGGCGGGGAUGCGAUGAAGGAGCCUCUAACCGGCGGGGCAAGAACGCUGGCCGACGCCAUUAGAGAAAAGCUUUUGGUCGAAGACGACAGUGAUCAAGCUAUUCUGGAUCAACACGUAUCCAGGGUUUGGUCAGAUCUAACUCCGUUGAGAUCGCCUGGCCUGGCCUCACCUCGACCCCAUUCUCCUGAAAGGAGGCGAGGACUGCUGCACAAUUAUCCUCAUCAACGAUCAUACAAACAAAAAAAAGAAAAAGAUGGUUCGUCUACAUUUUCGGCGGACAGCGGAAAUAUUCACGAUUUUCCCGAAGGCAGCGAUUUGUUGGGAGCUGGUUCAAUGAGCUCUCUAGGAUCGCAUUUGCCAAAAUCUAAAUCCAUCCCAUCUGAUUAUGCAGAAUCACUGAAUAAACCGGAUCUUUACCCACCAUCUCACGAUCAGAGACCUCGAAGGUGCGAUAUAAGUAGAAGAUCGACAUCUUCUAAAAAAUCAAUGACUGAAUUAACUGACAGCGGUGUGAGCGUGGUGAGCGAUGCACCUCCGUUAGUUGCUAGCAAAGACAGUCGCCUAUUGUCUUGGUUGAAAGAAUCUGAUAAGAAACCUGAUUCUAAGCACGGUCGACAUGGAAAGAAGUACGGUUCACGAAGCGGCUCUUUAGAGAGAAGUAGUAGGGAGACUUGGGGCGUUCCUGCCCAACCUUUUGUAGCCGAUCCUGGAAUGCCUCCUCUGCCGCAACCACAUACAGCUACGCAGCUAGAAGAAGCCAGAAGAAGGUUGAUGGAAGAGGACAGAGCGAGAGGUGGUAGUAGUAGACAACGUUACCCAAAUAGUGGUAAGCUGUCGUGUGAACCGACUAAUCUAAAUCCAUCCUGCAUCCAAUCUAACCAAUCGACAUUGAGGAAGAGUAGACAAGAUCCGGCAGAUUUCACCACCGUUGUGUUCAGUUUCUGUGACGAACAACUCCCUUAUAUGACCAAAAUUCCUGGGCGUAAUAUCACUUUGAAACAGUUCAAGGAUUGUCUACUAAAGAAAGGCAGCUAUCGGUACUUCUUCAAAACAUCAUGCAAAGAUCUAGAUGUGAAAGUGAUCCAGGAAGAAAUAACGAACGACUCCGAGGUUUUGCCGCUGUGGGAAGGCAAAGUAAUGGCACAGGUCAAAGCGAUGGAGUGAAGCGACCAUUUGUUCGAAUACAAACGAAAUCGAAACAGUUCUAGAUCAGUUUGAAGGAUACAAAAGUAUUUCCAGUCGAAUGGAUUCAGAAAUUAUUUUUCGCUAACAUUCAUUUUUAAACUAAACUACUAGUCUUUUAUUACGCGUAGACAUCGAUAAUUAAUCAUGUUAAUUUUAUUCACGGUUUUAAUCACCCACACCUGCAUACAUUUGUUCAUUUUCUCAAAUCACUUUUUUUUUUUCCCUUUCCACCCAUAUUUUAUAAGUCGUAAUUUUAUCACGGAAAGUGAAUGAAAUUUUGUCACAGCAGCGCCAUAAAUUAUUGCCAUUUUUCAUUCGCUUCAAUUUAUUUAGAUCAGUUUUGUUUCAUUUUCUUUUCGUAUACUUUUAUUACGAAUUUUCAGCUCGUUUAAAUUAGCCCAAAUUUUGGCAAAUCAGGGGACUGGUCCAAUUGAAUAAUAUUGUUUCAUAAUUCGUUUUGUCGAAGAGAAUGAUAAGAGAGGUGAAGUGGAAAACACUUCGUAAAAAUGGUUCGCGUUAUAAUCAUAAAUGUGGCCACUGAUCGAGUUUAAUCACACACAGUGACAGUGAUCAAAAGAUGAAAGAGAAAAACGGGAAACCGAGUACUAAUAUUUCCUUGAAGACUUCCCUUAGUUUUCCAGCCGACUGUACAAAAGCCUGUGUAGUGUCUCGCCUUAUUAAGGUCCGCCUAGACCCUAGACUUGUAGGAAAAAUUAUUAUUACAAAUUAGUAAUAAGAGUUUAUAUAUCUAUUAAAAGAAAAUAAUAAUAGUGACAUUUCUUAUGAUUUUAUUAUUAUUAUUAUUAUUAUUAUUAUUAUUAUUAUCAUCAUCAUCAUCAUCAUUAUCAUCGUCGAGAAUGAUUCACCCUCACAUCACUCAUUCAUCCAACAUUGUAACAUACACACAUACCCCAUACAUAAGAAGAUUUGCAUAAAAAACACCGAAGAAAAUAAUUAGAACAAAGUAUGUAAUAAUAUUUUAUCAGGUGCGGAAAUUUGUGCCUUUUUAGUAUUUUAAGAUUUGAUUGUAAGCGAAUCUAGGCGAGGGUUAAGAAAUACUUAUUAAUUAUGAGCUUGGGAGACUUCUAGAGAUUAUGUUUCUGUCCGUGCCAAAAUUCAACACGGUGAUAUCGCCAUUUUAUGCAUGUAGUUGAAAUUUCCUUUUCAGUUUCGGAAUCAACAUUCAUACUCUGAAUGUCCGAAGUUUUUUUUUAUUAACAAUUUUAUUCUUAAUUUUAACUCGCUAAAUGUGUGAUGUUUUCGCAUACAGGGACUAUUAUCGAUUAUACAAGUGUUCUUUUUGUUUUAUCGAUUUUGUCAAAUUUUUAAUAAGCGAUUCGAUUGACUGUGUUUAAAAAAAAAAAAAAAAAUUAUAAACGACCUUAUUGAUAAAUAUUGGACUCGCUUCGAUACGUUACGCGGGUUGCGAGUCGUGCGGUUUUUGCACAAGUUGAAAAAUCAUCUCCAGGAGUCUUUCGUUUAAUGGUAUUUUAAUAACAUGUCUAGCAGCUGCUGGGCGCUGACCUCCGCGAAAUAUUAUAUUGAAAUAAAAUAUAAAAUAAUUAUACUGAUUAAUUGAAUUAUAGAUGAUAAAAUUAUGUUUGACAGCUAUUUAUGUAGGGCGGUAGUAUAAGGGGACAGCGCAUGGUGGCUCAUAAUGAUGAAAUUCCUCUUUUUUUUUCCUUUUUUUUUUCCUUUUAACUGUACGUAAUUAAAUAUUAUUAAUUGAUA